GAACUGGUACUCUAUAAAAAUAGUCCGUAGAUAUAGUGGUGUACAAGCAUUAGCUAAUACACUCAGGAAAACUAGUAUAAUUUUAACUCAUCAAUUUACAUAUAGUAAUGGAAUUGUGUUAGCAAAUGCUCUCAAAAAGAUUACCACUUUAACUUCCUUGAAUAUUGGUUUUGGAAAUAAUAUUGGCCCCAAAGGGACAGAACCAUUGUCAAAUGCUUUGAUAACAAACAACAAUUUAAACCUUUAUCUAAAUCUUAGUAAGAACUAUCUUGAUACUGAAGAAACAUUAAACCCAUUGAUUGAUGUCCUUAAGAAAUCACUUAACAUUAACUGCAUUGAAUUUUUCAUCAAAUCAAAAGUCGGUUAUGCGAGACAGACUGAAUUGGGCGAUGCGACAUUUUUUGAGAAUAAAACUGAACAUGAAUUAAGGAUAGUAGAAAUUACUUCAAAAGAAUACGCAGAUUUAGUGCGACUCAAUGUAUCUGAUAAUGAAACGUUCGAUCCCAAUUUUUAUAAUCCAGUAUAUGAACCUAUAGAUGAUCAUGGAACGUUACAUUUGUCUGUUGUUGAUGCAGAUGAUAUGGCUGUCUCUGUUACUUCAGGAUCACAAGUAAUGAAUCCCGAUACAGAAAUUCACCAAAUGGAUGACUUUUCAGUACCUGAAUGCCAGAUAUAUUUGUCUUUAAUAUGUUUUAAUUUUUUUUUUAAACCUGGAAAAAUACCACUUUCAUCAAUGGUUCCAACGAUAAUGAAAAAAACGGAAGAUUUGAGUUGGCAAUUGGUGCAAGUAUAUGUAGAAUACGGAUUUCCUUUUGACUUUAUAAGGCAUUUGUUAGAUAUUCAUCAUGUUUUACAAAUACGUAAUAUCAAUGGUAGAGAAUCUUCAUCUCAAAUUCAGGAAAUUCGAAAAUGGAACUAUUCAU